CUCCUUUUUUUUUUAUCUUUACUUUACUUUUUAGAACUAUUAUAUUUAUUAUAUCCUAUAAUUAUAAUAUUCUACUGUCUGCUUUUUUUUUUAUCUUUGAAUUUUAUUUUUAUAAUUUGUGAUCGAUUUGGUUUUGAGGUGAAUACACAAUAAUUUGGUUUUGGGGGCUCAGUUAAAGAAAAGAGUAACAAAUUUUAUGAAUGUUCUUUGUGUAUUUUUUAUUUACGGAUCUUCACAUAAUCACAUUCUGCUCGUGAUGAGUUAUUAACAAUGGCGUCGUUGAUGAAUCAUGCUUUCUUCCAUUCUCUUCUUUUUCAUUCUAAUUGAGUUUCAUCUGUUUCUCUCUCCUCCCAACUUCAAUCCCAGAGUGGUGGGUACAAAAGCAAAAUAGCAAAAAGCAUGAGGAUAGGGGUGGGGAGGAGGUUAGCAUGCUGUACCAGAGACAGAGAAAUAAGCAUUGAUUUUGAUGAGAAUCAACAUGAUGACAGAAUAAUGAUCUAUGAUGGGCUCGAGAAUUGCAUUCUGAAUAGCUGUUCAUACAGAAACGAAAGCACGAAGAGCAAGGAGUAUGUAUGUCCAACUGAAUCCUUUAAUGAAGAAGAAACGAGCUGCUCAUCGAGCAAAGAUGUGUUUGGAUCGUUCUUCUCUGAUUGGAACAAGAAAAGGAACCAAGAGGAUACGGAUGAGUGGAGUGGCUCUGAAAGCCCAGAACAUGUUUAUGUUAGGGAAAAACCUGCUUAUAUCACUCAGUUCUCAGAUGUCGACACAAUGAAAGAGAAGUUCGCAAAACUUUUGUUAGGAGAAGAUGUGACCGGAGGACACAAAGGUAUAUCCAGUGCGCUCGCAUUAUCGAAUGCCAUAAACAAUCUUGCAGCAUCUGUUUUCGGGGAGUUAUGGAAGUUGGAACCGUUGUCAGAAGAAAGAAUGGCCAAAUGGAGAAAAGAAAUGGAUUGGUUGCUUUCACCUGCCAAUUAUAUGGUUGAAUUGGUUCCUGCUAAACAAAGUGGUGCUAAUGGCCGGACCUUUGAGAUAAUGACACCAAAAGCUCGUGCAGAUGUGCAUAUCAACCUCCCAGCUCUUCAGAAGAUCGAUUCCAUGCUUAUUGAAUUUCUCGACUCAAUGGUAGGGACAGAGUUCUGGUAUGCUGAAGGUAAUAGCCGGAAAGAAGGAAGAGGGGGUAGUUUAAGGCAGAGCAAAAGGUGGUGGCUUCCAUCUCCACGAGUUCCUGCUGCUGGUCUAUCAGAAACUGCACGAAAGAAGUUGCUUUCACAGGGUAACAUGGUUCAUCAAGUUUUCAAGGCAGCGAAAGCCAUCAACGAAAAUGUUUUGCUUGAAAUGCCGGUGCCUAAAGACAUUCAAGAUGCACUCCCAAAGUCCGGAAGGGCUAGUCUAGGGGAGGAUUUGUAUAAAUUCGUAGCCUCAGGGUCGACCUCAACAUCGGAGAUCAUUGAUUGCCUUAAACUACGAUCUGAACAUGAAGCUCUCGACACUAUCAAUAAGUUGGAGGCUGCGGCACUUGCAUGGAAAGAAAGAAAUAGGGAGCAAGUCAAAGGUAUCAAGACUCCUGUCAAACCGUCCUGGUCCUUUAUGAAGGAGCCAAAUACCGAGAUGGACAAGACAGACUUGAUGCUGUUCCGUGUAAAUGCACUUUUGGGUCAGUUGAAAAUGAGGUAUCCGUGCCUUCCUCACUCGUUCAUCAAUGUCACAAAAAUACAGUAUGGCAAGGAUAUCGGGCAUUCAAUAAUUGAAGCAUAUUCUAGAGUCCUUGGAAACUUGGCAUACAGCAUACUGUCAAGGAUCGGAGACAUUCUGCAAGAAGAUCACAUGAGUAAUCCGAAUUCCCCAGUGCCAUCAUCCUACUUUUCACCAGGAUCAAGUUUUAAUGGAAUACCGGAUAGUCCCAUCAUGAAUUCACAUAUAAGGCACUCACUCGUAGAACGAAUGAACAAGGUAGAUGGGUACUUUAGUGACUCAAAUCCUAGCAGAUGUUCUGAUUCAGAGAUUUCAACUAUUACUGAUGCAAAAUCUAGCUCAGUAACAGCAACUCCUAGUUCUAGCCGAAUUUGGUGCAUUGGUAAAGAUGCAUGCAGUAACGUUUCCCCGGAUAGCUCAUUUGGUUAAGUUGUCUACUUUUUGGUGCAUGCCUAUUGCCUUGUAUAUGAGGAUGACUUUGCUUUGAUUAAAGAUCAUUUAUAUCUAAGCUUUUUAUCAUCUUCAUUGUGGAGACAUAUUGAUUAACAGUAUUUGGAACAUGAUGGUAAAUACUAUUACGGAAAGAAAAAGUUUAGCAUUGUGCUUGUAAAUGGCCUUCACUCUACCUAGUACCUACUUGAUUAAAACAUUCUUAGUUCACUUCCUUUUAUUCUUUUAAGCUAAUUAAGCUAAAUUUUCUCUAAUUAAGGUCAAUUGUUUGUUAGAAUUAACAUUCUAAAUUUGAUUGCUCCCGUUUAUUGA